AUGUCUGUGAACGAAUAUCUCAUAAGUGACUUAAAUGCUAACGUAUCACGAGAUACGACGAUCCGCGUUUCGGGCAGCACGUUUCUGGUGCGAGACGGCAAGAAGGCGGCUGUCAAGGCGGCGGUCAAACAUUACAGUUGUGACGAGAUGAGCGAGAACAUGAUGACCUUGGUCCCUGGUGCUAAGCCGCGCCGCACAUAA